AUGGAAUCAGCAGGCCUACGCAGACGCAGCAAGGGCCCCACAAAGAGUCCUGCUAAACGCGGAAGCGUCGCGCCAGAGGCACCACAGACACCACGGGAGACCCAGGAACUGGCACAAAUGGAAGACGACCCCGAACACAUUCUGAGAUCGCCCAGAAGAUCAAAGACGCCUGCUCGUAGGAAAUCUCUUGCAAAAGCUGCCACUACUACCACCAGCGAUGUAAUCGAUACGCCUGUUUUGGCAGCUGUAAUUCCUGAGUUGUCGCCUGGAAGGAGGAGUGCAUCCGUUGCUCACGGAGUUGAAGGUGACUAUAGAGGAGAAGGGAGGAGCCAGGGCGCCAUGGCUGCUGCAUCAACUGAGCCAGCGGUUCGAAAUAUUGAUCCGAAUGAGGUAUUGCCCUCGAUUGAAGAAGAGGACGAACUUUUUCUUCAAAGAUCAGCGCCUGAGGGCCGUGCAGGAGGAUCACCUGCUGUCAGUACAGGUCAAGCUGAUGCGAGACGAGAUAGCAGAGGGCUAUCGUCCUCCCCAUCGAUAGGCAAAACACCAUUGCCUGCCCCUCGUGAUACUCCUCGGUAUUCGCCGACACACAACCCUCGUCAAAUUCCCACGCAAGACGCUGCACAGGACCCUCAAAAGACCUUUCGACAGCUCUUUGAGGACGAGUGCCGUAGAGGGCUGCGACAUCUCGGCAGAAGAUGGUGGUUGUUGACAGUGGCCAUCUCCAUGUUCUGGGGAGCAGUCUGUUCUGCAGGGCCGAUCUGUCACAAUCAUGGUUACAUGAAGGUGCUCAGGCUACAGUACAUCUCUCUGGGAAUAGUCAGAGUACUUAUCCAGAUUGGUACGCGAGGUGCAGUGCGCGAAGACCAGCCACAAGUCGUUGAGCCAGCUGACUACAACCUUCGUGCCUUACUGAGGUCUGUUCGUGAUUGGACCACUCAUUUCUUCAGACACUUUGGCUGGAAGCAGUUCUUCCGGAACUAUAUCUGGUCUAUUGUCUGCGAUUUCAUGGUCCACGUGUUGGAACCAAUUGUCAUACUGGUCGGGAGUCUCGGCCUUCGAUGGCGAUGGGGUGGCUUGUUGGAUGGGCAACAGGCGCUUUCCGCGUUCGUCAUGGUGUAUGUGACGAAGUGGUUUCUGCAGGCUAUCGAAAACUACAGCCCUCAGAAGCCAUGGCUAGCACAUCUGGAUCGAGGCCGACUCUUCUGGACGCGCAGGCCGCUCGUCGUUCUCUUCCUGGCGAUUCUGUCUGCAAUCUUUUUCUACCAGCACUGGGAUACAACAGUUGACCUGGUCAACACCACGUGGCAUGCUGUUCGUGUUGCAAAGGCAUAUGGGCGAUCGAGCGGAGGUGGAGGACACGGUAACGUCCUGAAAGUCGGAGGCAGUCGUAUUCGGAGCACAAGCACAGUUGUUUCGUACGCUUAUGUGGUGACGCAGGCAUUGAUCAGAACAAUAUUGCCCACCGUUACUGGUCGCUGA